AUGAAACUUCAAUGGGAAGAUCUGCGACUGGAGCUUUCUUCAUGGGACGAAGUUGCUCCUUCUUUGUCAAAUGUCACUGCAUCCGAUACCCACCUGUCUACCAGGGGCUACCAUGUUACCUCGAGCGCUAAUACCAUACGCGCCGACGAGCAUUUGAAAAAGGGUUUAACAGCCUCGUUUACAAACAACGAAUGCAAAGAAGAAGGAGCAGUAACGGGACCAUACGGUCAGGGUCUUUUACAGUCAUUUCACCGACGGAAAACAGAUCAUCCGAACCCUGAGCUAGCUGGAGUGUUGAGUUCAAAUCUACCCCAUCACGACGAUGCUUUGAAUGGAUCCUCUGAUACUCCAUUCAGCGAGGGUGCAGAGGGGUUAAAUAACCUGUCCAGAUUCUGGGUCGCUCAACUUGAACGGGGAGGUCAGUUAUCCUGCUCUAUCCGGAAAGGAGAUAACAGUGAGAAAGAAUCUAUUGCCCUCGAUCAGAUAUCUCCAGCUGUCGAGGGAAUCAUUUCGCGGACAGAAACAGGCAAUAUGGAAGAUGAGAACUGUGAUUCUUCUGUAUCUGAUAAUAAACAUCCUCGCAAAAUCUCAUCCGAUACGUAUAAUAGGCCGCGCCUUGUAACUCCAUAUGCCAACUAUCGGCAUGCAUCCGAAUCUACCGUCGUCAAUCCGACAUCAAUACGUAAUAGCCCUUCUCUCGAUAAUGAAAAUGAAGAUUUUUCCCGCUGCUUUGGCCGGAAUUCCAUUUUUUCCGGUCUUUCCGAUCAGGAGUGUAGGAAAUUAGGUGGUGUUGAGUAUCGGGCCGUUUAUCUGUUGACCAUCAUCGUCCCCAUGUACUUCCUGCUUUGGCAGGUUCUGGGAGGCGUUACGAUUGCUGCGUAUGUGGCCAGCUAUAAGAGUCCUAUGGCCUCAAUCCCUGGUGGGCCGGGUUCUUUUUGCGGUAUCAAAGCAAACUCCGGGUUAAGUCUAGUGGACGCCAACAUGAUCCUCCACAUUUAUGCUCAUACCUAUGGUCAUUGCAAUAGCAUAUAUGAUAAGGGUACGAAAGCCAUAAGACACAUGCCAGGUAAGACGGCGCCGUGGAAAGAUACCAAGCCAUCUAUUGGACCACAUUUCACUAUGCAUUACACAGCCCCUCCAGCACCUGUACAGCUCCUGUUUCAGUCUUUGCUAGUGUCCCCAACACCUCCACGCAUCUGUUACAGCCAUGCUCCGGAAACUGGGACGAAGCGAAAAUGGGCAACUGAAAUCAUACCCCCAUCGGGCCCUUAA